CCGGAAGUAAUUUUAAUCACGUGAUUGUAGUGGAUUAUAGUAUAUCUUUCUCUUUUCCAGAAUAUAAUUUUCGUCUUUAACGGGAGCAGGAAAGAGAAAUUUAUUUCCCAGGACGAAGUGCUGAAGCUGUUUAACCACAGAAAAUCGUAGCUUGAGAGGUUUGCGCAUAUCAUAUCGAGAAAUGUAAACCACGAAUAUUAAACCGAUUUUAAUUGUUACACAUUAUGUGCUUUUGUUUGUUUUUACUUCGUACGACGCGUAACAUCGCUACUGUUUGACAAAUAAAACCUUUGAAUCUUGAAUUGAAUUUAAAUUGAAUUUAAAAAGCUUUCCAACAUCUUUUAAUAUAUUACUUCAUUUGGAAGCCACGUUCUUCAAGUGCAUCAAAUUUUAAAUAUUGAUAAAGUUUGUUCCCAGGUUCGUACUAUGGAGAAGGUGAUCAACUGUUUCAAUAGGCAGCCCGGAGCCGCAGUGAGGCUGCUGUGUUUUCCCUGGGCCGGUGGCGGAUCCAUUCAUUAUGCCCGCUGGGGAAACCUGCUUCACAGCUCUAUUGAAGUGUAUUCCAUUAAGCUGCCUGGGAGGGAAGCCAGAGUGAAGGAGCAUUUCUUUGGGAGCAUGCAGGAGGUUGUGGAUGAGGUUGUCAGCGCACUGCUACCAGCACUGCAGGAGAAGCCCUUUGCGUUGUUUGGCCACAGUUUUGGAGCCAUGACCUGCUGUGCAGUUGCUGAACACCUGAAGAGGGUACACAAUAUUGAACCUGUGCACAUGUUCCUGUCUGGAGUCUCUGCUCCCUAUUCAGAGACACGACUUCAGGCUCCUAAGAAAAGCAGACUCUCUGAUGAGGAUUUUCUGCAUUGGAUGAAGGUUGCCGGGGGAACUCCAUCAGAAAUCCUGGCAGAUCCUGAGAUUGUAAAAUUGUUCUUGCCUGUCCUGAAAGCCGAUCUUCACAUUGUGGAAAACUUCAAGAUUUCAAGACCUGAUCACCCUUUUCUCUCAUGUCCCGUGUCCUGUUUUGAUGGAACUGAAGAUUCUCCUCAUGAUCUAGAAGCCUGGAGGGACAUUACGAGUGGAGAAUUCAACAUACAAAUGCUUCCUGGAUCCCAUUUCUACUUGAAAAAUAAACCCAAUGAGAAAGUCCUGCUGGACUACAUAACGAAGCACCUUGAGACAGCCGAAAUGGACUACUUAUAACAUAAAUAAUAAUAGUGUUAUAAAUGUAAUUUAAACAGAAUUUCCUACUGUUAUGGGGCCUUUAUUGUGACAAUUAACUCAAAGCUUUUAUGGCUGGAAUCCAGAUGAUCUAAACUGUAGUUAUAAAAAAAUUAUUUCUAACAGAAAAUCAACUCUUAUUCCUUUUCAGAUUUCUGAAGAUAUUGACCUACACUAAGUGCUAUUGCCACGUGCUUCUUUUUUAUUAACGUGGUUAUUUUGACUUGAACAACUCUAGCUGAUCCAGUACUGUUGUUUAUUAGGAAUGUGUCUGCUGUUAAGAAUUGCACAUUACAGAUGUCAUUUGACCAUAUUUUAGGUGAGAGCACGGAAUAGGCUAUGUACAGAAAUAAUAAAAGAAUAACCCAGGAAAAGA